AUGGCCCCCCGCUCUCCCUUUCCGCCCAUCGUCUGCAUCGUCGACUUUCACCACGCCCGGGGCCCUGAAGUAGAGACGUGGAUCGGUGUCGAACAUGGCUCUGAUCCCUCGGCGGAGAAUGACUGGCCGCUGCUGCCGUUUAUGGCCUUGUCCGACGGCGCCCACGCGGCCACCGAGGACUUCUCUUACUUUACCCUGAGACACGAACGGACGGCUGACAGCCCCGCCACCUCCCUCUUCGGCAUUGCCUGCACUCGCCAGCUCGACGCCAACGAGCUCAUCGACCGCCCCGCCGAUGUCACCCGCUCCGUCGUCCAGAAAGCCGUCGUCGUCAUCUCCGACAGCCCACAACAUUUCGGCCACCUGCGCGAGAAGCUCUCCGUUGUCACCAAGGCCUGGUUUGCCCAGAGGGAUUUUACCGACCUGGAAAUCCUUCAGCGAUUCCAAGACAGCUUGGCCAAGACUUUCAAGGACCGGGAACAUGAGCGGGACCAGUUUUUCGGCCUGUCGCUCCGCGAAAUCAUUCGCGAAUUCAAGCAGCAAACCCUAGUCCUUUUCAAGUGUUGUCUCCUGCAGCCAAAGAUGCUCUUUUUUGGUUCCAACUGCGAGCGCCUAUGCCUCCUCCAGUUCUCGCUGGUGUCAUUGAUCCCUGGUUUGAUCCGCCAGCUUCACGAUUCGGCCGAUCCAGCCUUCAAUUCUUACGAAGAAAACCUACAAAGGCCUACGUCCUUGAAGACGAGCGAACGCGCAUCACUGUUGGCGUACAUGGGAUUGCCUCUUCAGCUUUUCGGAAAGGGAAGCCUGUUUGGGCCCUACACACCGCUGCAGCAGCUCGAUCUGCUUGCUGACAGAGACACCAAAUCGUACAUUGUUGGUUCGACAAACUCCUUGUUGCUACAACAGAAAGACCGAUACAGCGAUAUUCUGAUCAAUCUUGAUGAUGAUGUCAUAACCAUUUCUUCCCCUUCGCUCCGCUCCGCUCUUGGACUAUCUACUCCAGAUCGGCGAUGGAUUGAUUUCAUGACCCAGCAAGUGAACGACACGUGGGAUGAAAACAACCCCGGACGGCCAAACACUCUUGGUUAUGCUGGCAGUGAGGAGUUCAUCCGCCUUCAGUUCGAAGAAUACCUCCUCGCGUUGCUCUCGGCGACAAAGUACCGAUUGUACCGCGAAGCCCACAAGGACGACCCCAAAAGCCCCGUCCUUGACGAGAUCGACGGCGAUCCGUCUGCCGAAUUCAACAACGAAUUCAUCCUCUCCUGGAUGAGAACGGAAAACUUCCGCAUCUUCAACCAAUACACGGACGAGCACCUCUUUGACAUUGUCACCCCCGAACACCCCUGCAGCGGUGGUCUUACCAUGGAAGACGUGCAACGGCGACUGAAUGCACAGGUCCAAGCGCUACAUCUUGACGAACGAUUCGCUCACGGGAAAGAGACCAUCAACAAACAGUUUGCCGAGGGCCAGAAGAAGGUUUCCACGGCGUUUAACAAUCUGUGGAAUGACAUUGAGGUGAUGCGUGAGGCACAGCGCAAGAAGGCCGAGGAAGACAAACGCGUGGCAGCAGAGAAAGCGGCCACGGAGGCGAGAGACGGCAGGGACUCACCGACGGCCAGUGUGGCUGGUGGCACGCGCACCGAGCGAGCGAGCGCCUAUCUUUCGUCUUGGAGUCAGUGGGCAUCUGAGAAACGAGCAGGUUGGCGCAAGUCUACGGCGUCGGAAAAUUCUGCGUCGUCGCCGGUGCCGCUCGCGUCGCCGACGGGCAGCACCUACUCACUAUCUUCGCCGAUGGAAAGCAAGAUCCUGUUUGAUGGAAGGAUGUCCCUUGAGUCGACAGUGGCCUCUUCUGACGGGGGAUCUAAGAACAACUCACACGGCGAAGGGGCGAAUUCGACAGCUACGGCAGCGCAUGCACCAGCGUCUAAAGGCCGAGAAGAUGAGGAUGAGAAGAGUGACGGGGAAGGCGAGAGUCGUAGGGAAAGAGAAGAGAGGGAGAAAACCGAGCUUGACGAGGAAGUAGAACGUGCGAGACAAGCUUGGGGAGCGAAGUAG